AUGACACUGGCACCACGCACCUCCCCGGUGGAUUCCAUCCCAGGAUGUCGGUCUCCCGUGGAUCCCUCCCCGGUGGAUCCCAUCCCAGUAUAUCCCAUCCCGGUGGAUCCCGUCCCAGUAUAUCCCAUCCCGGUGGACCCCAUCCCAGAUGGCAGCAAGCGGCAGGAGGCAGAUCCAGAGGGAAGGAAAGGUCCGUCCCGCGGGGACAUCGCCGAUGGGGACGAGAAGAAGGAAGGGAAGAGGAAGGAGCCAGACACACCGCCAGCCAAGGAGAAACACAAAAGUUCCGCUCAGACGAAACUGAAGCUCAGGAAGGCUGAAUUAGCUAAAAACUUGGAAGAGAUUGAAAUUAUCACGAACCUGAACAGCCUGAGGAAAGAUGCCAUCGAGGAGCUGAGGCAGCGUGGUGCCCGCCUGGCAGAGGCCAACAGCCAUCUGGUGAGGGACAUCCAGCAGACUGAUGAGAGCAUGGCCAGGGAAGCCAGGGCCCUGCUGCAGCAGUGUGAAGCACUUCAGAGGGCGAAGGCAAAGGUGCAGACCUCCCAUCAGAACCGGCUGGAUACAGCGAGGGCAGAGCUGCAGGAGAUGGAAAAAACAAUGGAAAAGAGUCUGGGAAAGCUCCAGCAGACUCUGGAUGAAGUCACACUGAAGGUACAGGUUCUCCAGGAAGAGCUCGGAGCCCUGCAGACCUACAUGGACACUCAGUACCCUGCACAAGCUGCCCAGAUAGAGCUGCUGCAGCACAGCAUCCAGGGCCUGAAGGAGCAGCACCAGGAGGAGAGAGACAAGAUAGAAAGAAUGGGGAAGCUCAACUUGGAGGAACUGGAAGAGAAGAUACGGGUGGAACAAGAGGCCCUGAUACAGAAAAUUGUGGAGGAGACUUUGCUGCACCAGGACAGCCUGAAGCAGAUGGUGAUAAACAACCACAUUCUGCAGUGUAAAAUACUGCAGCAAAAGGAGAUUACUAAGGACCUGGAGGAAGAGGUUGGUGAGCUGAAGAGAAGCAUCCAGACACUCCGCCAAGGUGUGAGAGACCCAAGAGAGGUGAUCUUUGGGGAUGUUCUUCUCCUCAGAGCAAGGUGCCCGCCAGACCCCGAGGUGACCCUCAGCAUCCCCAGGGAGGGGACACAGCUCAGCCACCCCCCGGACAGCCUGGGCUGA